AUGGCAAGCAUACCACCAGCUUUCUCUCAAUGCUUCCCUUCACCAAAGACCCAAGAAGACAAUGAAAGAGAUGAAGAAAUCUAUAAGUCCUAUGACAACGUCACCUCCCAACUCCCCAUCCUCCACCAUUGGCCGCCAUUUUCCCUUCUCCAUUACCAAUCCUGUUGGAUUCCUAACGUCCUCCUGCCCAUCACUAUGGCCAUCCAAUCCUAUUUCAACCCUCGUCCUGCCGACAUCCUUCUUGUUACCAACCCUAAAUCAGGCACCACAUGGUUAAAAGCUCUGGCCUUUGCCACCCUCCAUCGCCACACCUACUCCCUCUCCGAUCACCCUCUUCUUACCACCACUCCUCAUGACUGUGUUCCUUUCCUUGAAACUUUAUUCAGUCACCGCACCAUCCCUCAUCUCAACAUUUUACCAUCUCCCACAAUCUUUACUACACAUUUACCUUUACCUUUGCUACCUAAGAGUGUUCUCAGCUGCCGCAUUGUUUAUCUCUGUCGUGAACCUAAGGAUACUUUUGUGUCACUGUGGAGCUUCAAUGAGAGGAUGAGCAUUAGCUUGAGUGGAGCUACUAAUAGAAAUGAAGGCUUUGAGUUCAACAAAGCAUUCCAGUUGUUCUCCCAAGGGAUAGCUCCUUUUGGCCCUUUCUGGGAUCAUGAGCUGGGAUACUGGAAUGGGAGCUUGAGAAGGCCUGAGAAGGUGCUGUUCUUGAGGUAUGAGAAGAUGAUGGAGGAUCCAGUGAAUCAUUUGAGAAGACUGGCUGAGUUCAUGGGCUGUCCUUUUUCCACGGAGGAACAGAGAGAUGGAGUGAUGGAGGACCUUGUGGGGCUAUGUAGCUUUGACAAGUUAAGCAACCUUGAGGUCAAUAAAAGUGCUGUGAAUAUUGAUGGGGAAACAAGUAAGGCACCAAUGGCUCCUAAUUAUUAUUUCAGGAAGGGCAAGGUUGGUGAUUGGGUGAACCAUUUGAGCAUAGAAAUGGCUGAGAAGUUGGAUGCUAUUACUAAGGAGAAACUCCACGGAUCUGGUCUUAGUUUUGAGACUAGUACUGCAGCUUCCAUCUGUGCUUCUUCUCAAGUUUAG